AUGAGCAGCAGCGGCGGCACAACAGAUGGAGGGGUUUCAGUGCCGAUGGGCCUACUACCCGGAUUUAGGUUCUCUCCCACCGAAGAGGAACUGCUUUCCUUCUACUUGAAGAAGAAGAUAGCGGGCGAGGACUCUGAAUUCAGCGACAUCAUCCCUGAAAUCAACGUGUGCGAGCGCGAGCCUCGUGAUCUGCCUGGUAACCCGUUAAUCAUUUCAAAUGUUACUCUGUUUUUGUUUCUAUAA